AUGGCGUCGAGGCGCCGUCCGAGUGUGGACCGGGAGGAGGCACAGGCCUUGGAAGCUGCCGUGGGACUGCAAUCUACAGGUACAAAACUUGUGUGCAUUGACUUUGAUGCUACGUUCGUGAAUGUGCACACAGGAGGUCUGUGGUCCGCCUCAGCUCUGGAGCUCCGUACUCACGUACGUCGUUUCUUCCUGCUGCUUGUGCCGCUACUGUGUGAGGCCCAUGUGAAUGUAGCGAUUGUGACAUUUAGUCCACAAGUGGAGCUUAUUCGUGAUGUCCUUCGUCUGAGCUUUAGUACUCAAGUUGUGAACCAACUUGUGGUCCGAGGUGAUGAUCGGUCGUGGUAUUUGACACAAGACCAGACCGUAUCCUUCUUGCCAUUGGGACAGACGGAUGGACGCCAUUUAGACCGCAAAUUCAAGCUACCAUUUGUAAUAUCGGCUGCACUCGAGAUUCAGCAGCGAUUGGGUGGCGUCAUAUGCAACCGAGACACGGUGUUGGUGGACGACGACGUCGUCAACAUUCGAGUUGCCAACGACAGCGGCAUUGUCGGGGUCUUUUUUGAUCCAGAGGAACAGAAUAUUGAGUCAUUUUGCAAGAGACUCAGGAAACUGCAUGCACCGAGUCUGGAGCUUGAGCCGACGCCACUGAGAACCCCAAGUAAGAAGCCAAGACAAGGAUCAGGGAGUGUCAAGCUCGUGGCCAAAUCAACCCACAAAUUCUUGUCUAAAGGUAGUGGUAGUGGAGCAAAGAGAAGGCUGCGUGUGGCUUCUGGAAGUGGAAACGGACGGGCAUCGUUGACGUUCAACAUGUGUACACCGUCACCGGUGAUGAAGCUGAAGUACAGCGUGGACAUGGGGCGGCCGAGACCGAAGCGGGCGUCGAGAAGUACAAAAAAUUAUAGCAAAAAAUUUUUGAAGGCGGGUCUACCGGCGGUUGUAGAGGAAUCGACAUAG